GGUCCCCACCUGCAGGGGGAAAGCUUUGCAAGUGGUGAAGCAAUGUUGCAGGUGUCUCUUGGUCUCUCUCCCUCUCUAACACACCCUUCUCUCUCAAUUUCUAGCUGUUUCUAGCCAAUAAAUAGCAUUAAGAUAAUUUAAAAAAAACCCUAAAAAUAAUAAUAGAAAAAAAGAAUUUUGGUCCAUACCUCCAGAGGGAGAGAAAUGUUAGGAGGAAAAUGACUAGAGGGAUCUGAACUCCAAUUUCAUCAGGACCCAGAGAGUGAAGAGGAUAAAAGGAGGGAAUGUGUUGGUUUGUGCAAGAGAGGGCAGCAAACAUCACUCUGGCAUAUAUGACGCUGAGGACCUGGGAGCUGGGACUUGAAAUCCCACUGCACCAACCCCCUGGGCUGUAGUGUCUCAGGUUCUCACAGUUUUUCUUACCCUCUUUUGUCACAUGGAUCCAGAUGUGGACGAGUGCAGCUGUGGACAACACAAAUGCCACAAUUCCACCAUCUGAUUCAAUGUGAAAGGCAGUUACGAGUGUGUGUGCCUACAAGACCAGGUGACAAGGUUCUGGCUCAUAGAUGGUCAAAACACCACAGUGUGUGAAGAGGUUCCCUUCCCCCCAUGGACACCACCUUCUGGAGUCCAGAGCCAGUCACUCUCCAUCUUCUUUGACAAAAUCCAGCAGUUGUCCCAGGAUUUCAAGCCAGCUUUGGUCAAGAACACCAUCCAGGACCUCAUAGAAGAUGUGGAUGAGCUGUUGGGGACCCCCGGGGACCUGGAGAACUUGUCCCGCUCAGAGCAGCGCUGUGUGGCCACUCACCUGCUGGGGGGGCUGGAGGAUGUCCUGAGGGGGCUGAGCAGGGCCCUGCCUGGUGGGCCGUUGACCUUGGGUUCACCCGCAGGCACAGAAAUAUCUCUAAAUGUGCAGCAGGAGCAGAGAACUGGGAAUGUCACCUUGAGCCAGAGUCACACAGAGGUGCAGCUGAACUGGGAUUCGGAGCAACAAGGUCCCUCUGUGGUGGGCCUUGUGUCCGCUCCAGGGGUGGGCAAGCUGUUGGCUGAGUCCCGCCUGGUCCAGAAGCCUCAGCAGCAGGAAGCAGAGAGUUGGAAGCAAGAUGGCCCCCCUGUUCUGAUCACAAAUGUCAGCUCUGUCUUUCUGAGCCAAAAGGACACCCAGAACCUUAAUCCCUCCGCCAUCUUCCUCGUCUCCCAUGAUCUGGUGAGCCCAGGCCCCGGGCAGAAGGUGUUCUGCGUCUUCUGGGAACGUGACCAGAAUGGCUGUGGUAACUGGGCCACCAAGGGCUGACGGACGCUGGAAACCACCUCUGACAGCACCGCCUGUCUGUGCUCCCACCUCAGUAGCUUUGCUGUGCUCAUGGCGCCCUACCACAAGCAGGUGCUGUGUGCCAUCAUCGCGGGGGCCUUACACUACCUCUACCUGGCCGCCUUCACCUGGAUGCUUCUGGAAGGCCUGAAUCUCUUCCUCACGGCCCGGAACCUGAUGGUGGUCAACUACUCGGGCGUGAACAGGGCCAUGAAGAAAUUCAUGUUCCCCGUGGGCUAUGGGGUCCCUGCUGUGAUCGUGGGGGUGUCUGCAGCCCCCAGGCCUCACCUGUAUGGGGCCCCUGACAGAUGCUGGCUCAGUGUACAGGGAGGGUUUAUCUGGACCUUCCUCGGUCCCAUCUGUGUCAUCAUCUCUAUGAAUUUUAGUUUCUUCUUCAUGACCUUGUGGAUUGUGAGAUACAAGCUCUCCUCUCUCAACAGUGAUGUGUCCACUGUCCAGAAGACAAGGAUGCUGACGUUCAAGGCCACGGCCCAGCUCUUCAUCCUGGGCUGCACCUGGUGUCUGGGCCUCCUGCAGGUGGGUCCCGCAGCCAAGCUCCUGGCCUAUCUCUUCACCAUUGUCAACACCCUACAGGGUGUCUUCAUCUUCCUGGUCUACUGCCUCCUCAGCCAGCAGGUGCGGGAGCAGUACGGGAAAUGGCUCCGAGGGGUCCGGAAAGCCAAAGCUGAGUCUGAGAAGUACACCCUCUCCAGCAGGGCCGUGUCUGAUGACCCCAGACCCAGCACGGUAGCGCUCCUGAGUGCUGGCAGUUCUGUGAGCUCUCUCCUGACAGUAGAGACAUUUGGACUGCUGAAAGAAGUCAUGAAACCAUAGAGACACUGAUUGAUGGGGUUAGCAGUCAAUGGUAUUUAGAGACCUUCCUCGUGUCUGGGAGCUGCUCUCUGCCCUAAUCCAGCUUUCUAGCCCUAUUCUCAACUCUGACACCAUCUCCCCAGACAAUACUUUUAGCCCACCUGCAUGUUAGCUGUUGGGCUCAGACAAAAAUUACUAAAGUCAUGGGACCCUUGGAACAGACCUAAAUUAGACGUCCUAGCUUCUUAGCACACAAAGACCCCUGAUUUCAUCUGCUCUGUCCCUAACCUAGGGUUCCUGUUUAUUAAAUACUUUGUCUUGCCUUAUAUCUUAAUGACUUUUAGCCACCAAGUUGCGGAUGCUGUCAUGACGCCAUCCUGACUUCUCUGGGCAGAUGACCUCACCCAUGUGUCCUGGGACCUCCCCUCCCCAGAGCCCUGCCCCACUAUGGACAGACAGACACAGGAUGGGGGUAUGAAUCCACCUGUCAAUGCCCAUGUCCAGUGGAGAAACAAUGACAGAAGCCCGAACUCCCACCAUCUGUACCCCCAAAAGAAGUUUAGUCCAUAUUCCCAGAGAGAUAAGAAUAAGGAAGCUUCCAUUGGAGGGAAUUCUGGUGGUUGGAACUAUGUGGAAUUGUACCCUUUUCUCUUACAA